CAGCAUCCUAAUAUGGCAGAGGGCCGGGAUGGGGGCCAGUGCUGAGGUUUGUGAAUGGUGGAGGUUGGGUAUAUAAGGUGGACGGGCAGCAGAGAGGACUGUAGCUGGUUCAGCAGCAGCACUGGUUGGGUCGUUCUCUCCGAGCCGCAGACACACUCCUAAGAAGCCAACAUGUGUGACGACGAUGAGACUACCGCCCUUGUGUGCGACAACGGCUCCGGCCUGGUGAAGGCUGGCUUCGCCGGAGACGAUGCCCCCAGGGCCGUGUUCCCCUCCAUCGUCGGCCGCCCCCGUCACCAGGGUGUCAUGGUCGGUAUGGGUCAGAAGGACUCCUACGUCGGCGACGAGGCCCAGAGCAAGAGGGGUAUCCUGACUCUGAAGUACCCCAUUGAGCACGGUAUCAUCACCAACUGGGACGACAUGGAGAAGAUCUGGCACCACACCUUCUACAACGAGCUGAGAGUUGCCCCCGAGGAGCACCCCACCCUGCUCACUGAGGCCCCCCUGAACCCCAAGGCCAACAGAGAGAAGAUGACCCAGAUCAUGUUUGAGACCUUCAACGUCCCAGCCAUGUAUGUGGCCAUCCAGGCUGUGCUGUCCCUGUACGCCUCCGGCCGUACCACUGGUAUUGUGCUGGAUGCUGGUGAUGGUGUGACCCACAACGUCCCAGUCUAUGAGGGUUACGCCCUGCCCCACGCCAUCAUGCGUCUGGACCUGGCUGGUCGCGAUCUGACCGACUACCUGAUGAAGAUCCUGACUGAGCGUGGCUACUCCUUCGUGACCACCGCCGAGCGUGAGAUCGUGCGCGACAUCAAGGAGAAGCUGUGCUAUGUGGCUCUGGACUUCGAGAACGAGAUGGCCACCGCUGCCUCCUCCUCCUCCCUGGAGAAGAGCUACGAGCUUCCCGACGGUCAGGUCAUCACCAUCGGUAACGAGAGGUUCCGUUGCCCCGAGACCCUCUUCCAGCCUUCCUUCAUCGGUAUGGAGUCUGCUGGCAUCCACGAGACUGCCUACAACAGCAUCAUGAAGUGCGACAUUGACAUCCGUAAGGAUCUGUACGCCAACAAUGUGCUCUCCGGUGGUACCACCAUGUACCCUGGUAUUGCUGACCGUAUGCAGAAGGAGAUCACUGCUCUGGCCCCCAGCACCAUGAAGAUCAAGAUCAUUGCUCCUCCCGAGAGGAAGUACUCCGUCUGGAUCGGUGGCUCCAUCCUGGCUUCCCUGUCCACCUUCCAGCAGAUGUGGAUCUCCAAGCAGGAGUACGACGAGGCCGGCCCCAGCAUUGUCCACAGGAAGUGCUUCUAAAUCCUCCAUCUUCUUCUCCAGCUUCUCCAUCAUCUCCAUCACUUUCACCACCAGCUAUCUGGAGAUCAGGCGAGGAGGAGGAUCAACCUCUGCGGCACAGCAACACUCUGCUGUCAAUGGACUGUCAGCCUGCGCUGUUGACAUUCAUAUGCAUUUAUUUUCCUCUUAAAAUGUGCAUAUUUUGUAGCUGUCUGUUGUCUGUGUUGCACGGAGAAAGGCUGUGAAAAACCACCACUGAACCAUGCAUCCACCCAAAAAAAACUUUAAUAAAAAAAAUAACAACAACAUGUUGCCCAACACAUGUGAAUGUAAGUGUAUAUACAUAUUGAUAAUUUAUUAAAGUCCAUUAUUUGGUA